CCUAACUGUGCUCAGACGCUUAGUGAAGUUGUCUUCAGCUUCUGAUUCUUCAUCAUCAUCAUCCUCAUCCUCUUCUUCUGCAGCUGUGAGAUUUAGGAGCUCUUCUUCUUCAUCAUCAUCAUCUUCUUCUUCUUCACGAUGGCGAGCUGCGCCCUGCGAGGCGUCCUGCUGUUGCUCGGGGCGACCAGUCUCCUCGCCGUUGGCCCGCUGCCACCAAUCAGAGCGCGGCGCCAGAACAUGAGGGUUCGGAUCCAGGCCACGGCCGACACCAUCGUGAUGACCUUCGUGCGCCCGAGCCCCGAGGUGAAGCUGGAGGGAUACAUCCUGGGAUACGGCAGCAGCGUCUUCCCCAAACAGUUCAUCCAGCUACCGGAGAACGGACGGUCCUACGAGACGGAGAUAGAUGCAGAACCCAAAUACCUGGUGGCCGUGCAGCCAAUCCCGGUCAACGACGUCAAGAAACACUGCACAGGGCAGGUGGACCUGGAGAAGCCUCUGCAGCUCCUGAUUGGCUCGGUGAGUCCCAGCGCGGUGCUGCUGUCCUGGAGGAACUCCCUGAAGACGCCGUACAGCCAGGACAUCAUGGACCAGUGUCUGGAGGACGGGUUCUACACGGUCCGGUACCGGCAGAGGAACAGGAAGUGGACCUACCAGACGUGUCCGACCGGCGACAUGGUGAUCGACCACCUGGAGCCCAACACGCCGUACGAGUUCGCCGUGCGGUCCAACACCGGGGGACGCAGCGGCGCCUGGAGCAGACCGGUCAUACACAGCACCAGCAUGGGAGAUAAGACCAAACCGAAGCCAUAUAAACUGCGUAAUCCUCUGGCCAAGCCGCUGAAACCUCUGGUGUCUCGCGGCCUGUUCCCCCCCCGGCUCGCUCUUCACAACAGGACCAGACUCUCAACACUGACCAAAACCUCUGGAGCUCCUCACACUUCUCAUGCCUUACUUCCUGCAGCGCCGCCUGAGAGCCGCCAGGAGACGCUCCCAUUGGCCGGCUCUGCCGAGCCCAAACCGCCCCGCGACCCCAUCGACAGAGGAAACGUCGUAACAAACGAGACCAAUCGACCAGCUGAUCCACUUCCUGUCUUCCCCCAACUCCUGCCCCCCCAAGCCCCCCCUCCUCCUCCCGCCAUCACCACCCCCCCCCUCCCUAAAUUACCGUCCAAUGGCGGCUCACUUCCUGGGCAGACGGCGUCCAAUCAGGCGCCAGAGACGCCGCGUAAACCUGCUGCUGUCGGCCAAUCACAGGACGGCUCGUCGCUGCUGAGGUCCGCUCUGGCCAAUGAGAGAGCCAGAACUAACAGCUUGGGUCAAAGCAGCAGCCGAAACGCGUCGCCACGACUACCGGUGCAGCCCUACAGCCCGUCGGCUACAGCGGUUGCCAGAUCCCUGAGACCGGCCUCCAGAAACCCCCUUUUACCUCUCAGACACACUCGCCCUACUAACGGACAGCUACCCCGCGGCUACCCGCCUAAACCCGCCAUAUGGUCCCGACCACGCCAGGGGUUGCCGGUGCGCCCGUCCGUAUCGAUCAACAAGAAGCUGAACCAAGUGGGAGAAACGGCCGCUGACAAGGUGAACAACUUUAAGCAGACCGACCGGCUGGUGGUCCUGAAACCUAAAGUCCUGCUGGCGACCGCCAAGACCCCCAAACCGGACCGGAAACCCACCACCACGGCACCGCCAAGCACCGCCGCGAGUCGCCAGGAGAGCUGGGAGGACUCUGAGCUCUUUAAAUCCCAGCCGGCCUCCGACGUCGAUGCUCUGGGGAAGAAACGUUACGUUGCUCCUCAUGUGAUCUACCAAACGGGGAAGAAACCAGACGAGCCGUGCUCCAUCACUUCCUCUCUGAGCUUCUUCCCAUUGGACGGGCCGGCCGAGGCCAACGUGACGGCCCCCCCGAGGUCCCCCCCCUCCAACCUCACCGUGGUAACGGUGGAGGGGUGCCCCUCCUUCGUCAUCCUGGACUGGGACAAGACCGACAACGACACCACCGAAUAUGAAGUGAUCUCCACGGCUAAGGGACCGGACGGUGAGAAGGUCUCCAUCCUGACCACGGACCAGACCCACACCACCGUAGAGAACCUCAAACCGGAGAGCAGUUAUGAGUUUAAAGUGAAGCCCAAGAACGAGCUCGGGGCCGGACCUCCUAGUGAGCCUGUUACCUUCAGCACAGAGUCAGCUGAUCCUCGAGUCAGUGAGAACGUUUCAGGUAAAGAUGCCAUCUGGACCCAGUUCCCCUUCAAGACGGACUCGUACUCCGACUGCCACGGGCAGCAGUACGUGAAGAGGACCUGGUACCGCAAGUUUGUUGGUGUCCAGCUCUGCAACUCUCUCCGUUACAAGAUCUACCUUAGUGACUCUCUCAAUGGGAACUUCUACAACAUCGGGGACCAGACGGGCUUCGGCGAGGACCACUGUCAGUUCGUGGACUCGUUUCUGGACGGCAGGACCGGACGCCAGCUCAGAGCAGACCAGCUGCCCCCCAGACCUGGUACCUGUCUCCCACACCCUGUCUUCCUCACACUGUCUCCCUCACACUACCUGGUAACCCCUCCAGUCUCCCUCACCCUGUCUCCCUCACCCCGUCUCUGGCCACUGGGUUAG